AUGAGAGGCCUUAUCGCCCUCUCGCUGGCAGCGUGCGCUGCGGCGGCCCCAUCUUUCAGCCAUGAGUCCAUUCAUGGCGAUGCAGCGCCCAUUCUUUCUGCCUCCAACGCCGAGGUUAUUCCCAACUCGUACAUCGUCAAGUUCAAGAAGCACGUAACCGAGUCCUCCGCCUCAAACCACCAGAGCUGGAUUCAGCAGAUUCACGCAUCGCGUGAGAAUGAGCGCAUGGACCUGCGAAAGCGGGGCCAGAGCUCCCUGGUCGAUGAUGUCUUCCGUGGCCUCAAGCACACCUACAAGAUUGGCCAGGGCUUCAUGGGUUACUCGGGGCAUUUCGAUGAGGAAACCAUCGAGCAAGUCCGGAAUCACCCCGAUGUUGAAUACAUUGAGCGGGACACCAUCGUCCAUACCAUGCGUGUUCAGAAGGAGGAGAGCUGCGAGGGCGAGACCGAGAAGUCGGCACCCUGGGGCCUAGCUCGUGUCUCCCACCGUGAUCGCCUGAGCUGGGGUACCUUCACAAGCUACCUCUAUGCUGCCGACGGUGGCGAGGGCGUUGAUGCCUACGUUAUUGACACUGGUACCAACACUGAGCACGUCGACUUCGAGGGUCGUGCCAAGUGGGGCAAGACCAUCCCCCAGGGUGACGCCGAUGUUGAUGGUAAUGGGCACGGAACCCAUUGCUCUGGCACCAUUGCCGGCAAGAAGUACGGAGUUGCGAAGAAGGCCAACGUCUACGCCGUUAAGGUUCUCCGUUCCAACGGAUCUGGUACCAUGGCUGAUGUCGUCGCUGGUGUUGAAUGGGCGGCUACCGAGCACGCGAGCAACGUUAAGGCUGCCAAGGCUGGCAAGCGCAAGGGCUUCAAGGGCUCCGUCGCCAAUAUGUCACUUGGUGGUGGCAAGACCCGGGCUCUCGAUGAGGUUGUGAAUGCUGCCGUCGACGCCGGCAUCCACUUCGCCGUUGCUGCUGGAAAUGACAAUGCCGAUGCCUGCAACUACUCCCCCGCUGCCGCCGAGAAGGCCGUCACUGUUGGCGCUUCUGCUCUGGACGACAGCCGUGCCUACUUCUCCAACUACGGCAAGUGCACUGACAUCUUCGCCCCCGGCCUGAGCAUUCUCUCCACCUGGAUUGGCAGCAAGUACGCCACCAACACCAUCUCGGGUACCUCGAUGGCGUCUCCCCACAUCUGUGGUCUGCUCGCCUACUACCUGUCGCUCCAGCCCGCCACGGACUCGGAGUACUCUCUUGCCCCUAUCACCCCCGCCAAGCUCAAGUCUACGCUCCUCAAGAUUGCGACUGUCGAUGCUCUUACCGACAUCCCCAAGGACACCCCCAACCUUCUUGCCUGGAACGGCGGUGGUUGCGACAACUACACUGCCAUCGUCGAGGCAGGCGGCUACACUGCCAAGCCCUCGUCGGAGAAGGCUAACCUAAGCUCCAAGGUUUCGGAGCUUGAGAAGCUUAUUGAGCACGACUACAAGGUCAUCUCUGGUGAAGUUGUCAAGGGUGCGUCUUCGUUCUCGUCCAAGGCCGAGAAGAUCUCGCAAAAGAUCCACGACGUGGUUGAUGAGGAACUGGAGGCGUUCUUCAAGGAGGUGGCUGCUUGA